AUGUGUUUGACUGCUGCUCUCGUUAUAUCACGAACAUUCAUCCAUCCCAUACGACAUCUCCCCUACUCAUCGCACGCCAACCCACCAUUAUUCAUAUCCCCCUGGUACCGGUGUCUCCCUUUUUUCCCUUUCACUUUCCCUUCCUUUACGUCGACUCUGAAGUACACACAUACAUAGUUUCUCGUCCUCCUCUUCCUCUUCCUUCUCCUUCUACUCUCGAUUUUAGCUCUUUUUUUUUCAUACUCACAGGCGUCUAUAGCAUCACAAUACUACCCAUAAUUUUUCCUACG